AGGUCGCAGAAUUCAAGAUGGCGGUUGUGAAUAAGGUCUAUUCACGGCUAGGACCCGGAAGUGAAUAGCGGGGUGGGCGAUGACCAGGAGUCCAGGUUCGGGCCUGCAACUUGGGUCCGGGUACGGGAAACAAUGAUCCCCGGUGGUGAAUGAAGGCCGGACCGGACGGCAGCAGGUCGCCUCUGAUGGACGAGUGGAAGCCGAACCCGCGAGCCAAGCCUUUCGUCCCGCGGCGGCACAGGAGCUGGUUCAUCAGCUGGAAGUACAGGCUGAGGGGACAGCGAUCGGUCAGGAGGCUGUGCCAGACUGGUGCGCUCCUGUUUUUACUUGUAACCAUAAUUGUCAACGUUAAGCUUAUUUUGGACACAAGAAGAGUAGCAAAUGAAGAAGAGCUUGAAGAAGACUAUGACGAUGCAAUGCCGAAUAUGGAAACUGCUCGAAGGCCAUCACACGGCCGGAAGGUUCUGGACAUUGAAGUAUAUUCCAGCAGGUCAAAAGUCUACGUUGCUGUUGAUGGAACCACAGUUCUUGAAGAUGAAGUCAAAGAGCAGAGUCGAGGAAUACACGUUAUUGUUCUGAAUCAAGCUACAGGUCAUGUUAUGGCCAAACGUGUGUUUGAUACCUAUUCACCCCACGAAGAUGAAGCUAUGAUCCUUUUCUUAAAUAUGGUAUCUCGUGGUAGAAUACUUCUCUUCACUAUCAAGGAUGAAGGAUCCUUCCACCUGAAAGACGCAGCCAGAAACCUGCUGAAAGGCCUAGGCAGUCAAAUUGCCUCCUCACUCAGUUGGCGUGACAUGUGGACUUUCGUUGUAAAGAAAGGAGGUCAGGUAUAUGGUGAAAAACAUUCAAAAUCUCCUGCAUUGGCCACUUGGGGUGAUCCUGUUUUAUUGAAGACCGAAGUUCAGUUAACUUCGACUGAAGAUGCUGAGUGCCAUUGGGCAGACACGGAUGCCAAUCGCAGGAGGAAGACUUUCUGCAGCAAAGUGGAAGGAUAUGGGAGCAUCUGCAGCUGUAAGGACCCAGCACCUAUUGAAUUUAAUCCUGAGCCUCUAAAAGAUAAUAAAGUGUAUGAUAUCCCAGUAGCAGUAAUAGCAGGGAACAGGCCUAACUACCUUUACAGGAUGUUGCGUUCAUUACUAUCUGCACAGGGUGUGAAUCCAGAGAAAAUCAUUGUUUUCAUUGAUGGCUACUAUGAGGAGCCAAUGGAUGUGGUAGAACUCUUUGGCUUGAAAGGUGUUCAGCAUACUCCCAUUAGUAUUAAAAAUGCUCGAGUGUCACAGCAUUACAAAGCCAGUUUGACAGCCACUUUCAAUUUACAUCCGGAUGCAAAGUUUACUGUGGUACUUGAGGACGACUUGGAUGUCUCAGUGGAUUUUUUCAGUUUUCUCAGCCAAACAAUCCAUUUACUUGAAGAAGAUGAAAGUUUGUAUUGCAUAUCUGCUUGGAAUGAUCAGGGCUAUGAGCACACAGCAGAGGACAUUGCUUUACUCUAUCGAGUGGAGAGUAUGCCAGGGCUUGGAUGGGUUCUAAAGAAGAGCCUUUAUAAAGAUGAGCUGGAGCCAAAGUGGCCAACACCAGAAAAGCUCUGGGACUGGGACAUGUGGGUGAGAAUGCCUGAGCAAAGGAAAGGUCGGGAGUGUAUUAUCCCAGAUGUAUCCAGAUCGUACCAUUUUGGCAUCGUUGGACUCAAUAUGAAUGGGUAUUUUCAUGAAGCUUAUUUCAAGAAACACAAGCUCAACACUGUUCCAAAUGUGCAGCUCAAAAACGUAGAUAGUUUGAAAAAGGAUGCGUAUGAGAAUGAAAUUCACAAGCUGGUAAGGGAGGCCAAGGUUCUAGACCAUACCAAAAACCCCUGUGAAGAUAGUUUCAUUCCAGACACCGAAGGAAAAAUCUACAUAAUGUAUAUUCGAAUGGAACAGGAAGAUGAUUUUAUUACAUGGACACAGUUAGCAAAGUGCUUGCACAUCUGGGACCUAGAUGUCCGAGGUAACCACAAGGGUAUGUGGAGGCUGUUCAGAAAAAAGAACCACUUGCUUGUUGUGGGGACACCUUCCUCUCCUUAUUCGGAAAAUAAGCCUGCAUCUGUUAUGCCAAUAUAUCUUGAGCCACCUCCAAAGGAAGAUGUGGAAAUGAACUGAAGGGGACAAUCAAGAAAUUUAAUAAUGACGUUCUUGACUACUUUAUACCACUAUAUUUAAUGUACUGUUAUCAUGAUGUUUACAUGUUAAAUGACCUGCUUCAACAAAAGAAAACAAAGUUAGAAAUGGCUAAUACUUGAUUAAUUGUAAAGCUAUUAUAGAUUUUAGUUUUAUAAAUUAUGGAUUGAUAUAUUUAUUUUACCUGAAUGCUGAAACCACAUUUUCUGAAAUAUUAGAACAUAAGAAGAUAAGAAACAGGAGCAGGAGUAGGCCAUCUGGCCUGUUGAGCCUGCGCUGCCAUUCAAUAAGAUCAUAGCUGAUCGGGCCAUGGUCACCUACCAGCCUUUUUUCCAUUACCCUCAAUUCCUCUACUAUGCAAAUACCUAUCCAACCUUGUCUUGAAUAUAUUUACUGAGGUAGCCUCCACUGCUUCAUUGCGCAUAGAAUUCCAUAGAUUUACCACUCUGGGAAAAGCAGUUCCUCUUCAUCUUUGUCCUAAGUCUACUCCCCUGAAUCUUGAGGCUAUGUCGCCUAUUUUUUGUCUCACCUACCAGUGGAAACAACUUUCCUGCCUCUAUCUUAUCUAUCCCUUUCAUAAUCUUAUAUGUUUCUAUAGGCUCUCCUCUCAUUCUUUUGAAUUCCAGUGAGUACAAUCCCAGAUGACUCAAAUCUCUUUUCAGUCUAACCCCCUCAUCUCUGGAAUCAACCUGGUGAACCUCCUCUGCACUGCCUUCAAAACCAGUAUAUCCUUCCUCAAGUAAGGAAACUGGAGUGAUGCAUAGUACUCCAGGUGCCUCAGCAGUAGCCUGUACAGUUGCAGCAUAACUUCCCUGCUCUUAAAUUCAACACCUCUGGCAACAAUGAAGGCCAACAUUCCAUUUGCCUUCUUGAUGCCUGCAAACCAACCCUUUGCAAUUUAUGCACAAGCACUCCAAGUCCUUCUACACAGCAGUAAUCUGCAAUCUUUAACUGUUUAAAUAAUCUGCUCUUCCAUUUUUCCUUCCAAAGUGGAUGACCUUGCAUUUACCAACAUUGUACUCCAUCUGCCAGACCCUUGCCCACCUUAGCCUAUCUAUAUCUCUCUGCAGACUCUCCAUAUCUUCUGUACAAUUAGCAAUGCCAAUCAUGUGGUUAGAUAGUUUAACUGAUGUAUCCAAGAGAUAAUGAAUGGGGUUCUGAUUUAUUCAAGCUAAAUGUUAUUGUUGAAUUUGACAAAACAGAUUUCUUCAAGCUAGUGUAUUUUCUUACACCACAAGUGUUUCUACUGUAAUUAUCUUGCUGUAUUUUGUACAGAUUGUUAGCCAGAAUUUUAUCUCAAAGCUUUAUCAUGUCUUCAAAUUCUAGAAUAUGUUAAGUAUUAAGUAUGUAAGCUUUUGAGGUUUUGUUUUAAAAAAAGGGAUUUGUUUAUUGGGAGUAAAACUAAGAAAGAAUGAUCUAGUAUCCUGCUGGACUGACAUAUUUAAAAGAAAGCACUAACAUUAAGGAGCAGGACAAUCUAACAUUAAUUCUUGUUAACUGGAAUUGCCAGGUUGUUAUUUAAUUAACCUCAACUUGGACUAAUUAUUAUUUCCUGACCUGUUUUAUAUAGAAGAGAAGUUUGUUUAUUUGCUUAUCUUGAAUUGUGUUGUCCAUUUAUAAAUAAUUAAUGUUUAUAUUUGUAUAUAAAAGAAGCCAGUAAACUAUUGGUACCUUUUCGAACCACAGUGUUGUUCUGGGCUGACAGAAAGCCAUCUGAGCUCCUUGAAUGUUUAAACCACUUAUUUCAAGCAGGUGCUUUUCCCUUUGUUUUAUUUCUCCCAUGUUGUACCCCAGCACAAUGCCAACAGCAAAUUGUAUAGCUGAAGUUUUGUUUGCUUCAGAAUGAGCUGCCUGAUUCAAAUUUACAAGAUUAUAAAACAGUAAUCCUAAUUUUAAUAAAAUGUUUUUAAAGCCUCAUUAAAGCUGCUGAUGGUUGAUGGAAUGGUAGAGGUAGAUUGUGGGCGAGGCCUAGAACAUCAUCCAUUUCACACAACAAGCAAUACAGUAUAUACUUGUUUGGUCUACAAAAUUCUUAGCAAGAAUUUUUCAAAAUGUAGUGUGGAGGAUAUUUAAACAUGGCAAAUUGAUCAGUUCUUUGCUCGUUUCUGGUGAGAGAGAAUAUUUAACGCAAAUUAAUUAUGUAGCAUCCAUCUAUAUUUUCCUGCAGUGCAGUAUCCAGGCCAGUUCCAUUCAUAAUCUGUUGCUGUUAUUUUUAAAAAUACACUAGAACUUGGAACCUCAUUGUAAAAUGCUUACUUAAUAGAAUUUCGUCUACAGAAUGAUGAGGUGGACCUUUUUUUGUCUAAAUUUUAGAGCUGACCUUUUGAGUUCUCGUUAUCAACAAGUCCCAGGUGGCAGUUGCUGUAGAAAGAUCUAUUUGGAUAGUUGCUGAAAGACGUUAUCUCCAAAAAUAUGUAUACAUCUACCAACAAGAUAACAAACAAUACUCAAGAUAAUUGGACAUUACUAAUUUUAAAAUGUUUCUUGUCAUCUACUAAUCCCUAAUUUCAAAGUUUGUAGAAAUGCUAGUUUUCAAACUGCCAAAUUCAUUGUGCCUCAGCUGAAGUAGCAAUAAGAUUUAAUCAUGUGUUAAUCCUCAAGUUUUUAUUACCUGUGGAAGCUAUGUUGGAGUUUAGCAGUUCCUUAUUCAACCUCUUCUGGAGCUUUAACUGCCAUGGUGAAUUUAUCUCCCCAUAACCUUCACAAAUGAUUCUCUGAAUGAUGAGCAGACAACACACUAGUACAGUUCCAAUUCUUCAACCAGUUUGAAAUUUAGAGUAGCAGAGACUCUCUUAUAAGAAUCCUUUGCAAAAAAUGGAUGAUUCUAUUCAACCUGAAAUAGAAAAGACUUUUAAUAUUUUGUGCUUAACCCACUGAGGCAGAUGAGAACCUAAACCUGCUUUGCCCUUGAAGUGAGUUGAAAUAACUCUGCGGUAGUUAUCUUGCAAUUGAAUUGGAUUGAUUGUUCCAAAGAUCUUGACCUAAAUCAUAAGGAGUGGGCCCCAUGCAACAUUUUCAAUCUAACAUCAAGCUAGCAAAUCUAAUAGUUACUUAAAGUUAUUUGUUUGCCUCCAGACAAUCUAGUGUUUGUAUCAGAAGAUGGCUACCAGAUUUUGAUUAUUGACUAAGCAUUAUAAUAAGUGGAAAUUAGUAUUAAACACCAGGAAUAUAAGCUACCAAAUUUUGGACUAACUCUUCUAAUGACGUUUGGGCAGUUUUUUCCCUUGUACCUUUGUGAUUGUACUUUGUGGAAGGUGCUUUAUAAAUGCAGCUUUAGAAGUAGAAUUAGAACAGUCUAAAAGGAGAAUGUGUUUUGAACUAAGGCCACUGGAGCUCUUACUCUGCACUUGCUUCGUAGGCUAGUGUGAGAGAAAGUUUCUGCUACCUAUUAGUAUUCAGUUAAUUGGGUCUGUUUCAAUUUGACUCAGAUCAUCGUCAAAUUCAAAUAUUGAGUUUGACACUAUGCACAGAGCAAGUUAAAUUUGCUGAUGUGAAUUGAUUGGCUCUGAACUGAGCUGUUGGUCACAUUAACAGUAGUUAAUUACUCAAAGCUGCAAAGGUUGCUGCUUCUCAUAAAUAAAAAGUUCUCUCACAAAUGUGUUGUCCUCAAAAUGCGAGCAUUUCUGAAGAUCUAUGCAUUCUCUAUACCUAUCUCCAUUGUGGCCUUUAGUUAACUUUGGUAUUUCAGAUACUAAAGCAAUCCAUUUCCUAAUAGGGAUCAGACUAGUUGACAACAAUAAAGAGAUUGCAUUUUCAUACAUUCGAUAGAUUACUGCACUGUAAAGCUCCUUCACUGUAAUGUUAUCUGCACGAUGAGCUUCAGUUGCAUCUACAGCUUUAGACUGCUUCCUUCAAUACUUUAAUUUGCUUAAUGCAAUGUCAUUUCUUGCUACAUGUACUAAACAUAAUGGAGGAAAAAGGAUUGUGUAGGUCAUGUUGUGACUAC